CUAUCCCUGGACAUUUAUUAACGUGGGUUCGGGCGAUGAAUGUAUCACUAUCCCUUUUGUCUUUUAAGUUCUUAUAGUCAACUGUGCAUUUAUUUUGUUAACAAUGUGGCAUAUUUAUAGUGAGUUAUAGUUUGUGUUUACUGUAACAGUGAGUGCUGCUGGCAGCUCCUCCCAUCCGGCUAUAAGAGCCAGCUGAGCAGGUAGUCAGGGUCCAUCCUUCAAACAGGCCGCUGCAUACAUGAGGAGUCUGUAUGCUUUGUUACAAACGUGUUUCUUUCCUAAAUUGUUACAUGCACUCUUUGUACCGCAAAGAGAUGUGGGGAUAGUCCCUGCAGAGCGUCUCCGGUCUCCUAACUACGGAUUUGGAGUUUGCACUUGAAGCCUUUAAUGAUGGCUUUCGCCAUGCUGCGGCCCGUGGCGACACAGUUGAUCUACUCAGACUUCACCAUCACGUCCGAGGAUGACGAAAAUCGCAGCGAGAGCGAUGGCAGCUCGGAGCAAAGUUACUGUGGAUCCUCUGAGAAACGACGCAGGAUUUCGCGCAAGCUGGAAGGAGGCUCCACUGUGGUGGUGAAGCAGAGGAGCGCAGCUAACGCCCGGGAGAGGGGAAGGACCCAGAGUGUCAACUCCGCUUUCACAGCCCUCCGGACUCUCAUUCCCACCGAGCCGGUGGACAGAAAACUCUCAAAAAUCGAAACUCUUCGCCUGGCGUCCAGCUAUAUUUCCCAUCUGGCAAACGUGCUUCUUCUCGGGGACGGCGGCGCGGAUGGACAGCCCUGUCUCGACGUGGUUCAUGCGCAAGGAGAGAGCGGGGCGCAGCAGCCGCGAACCAUCUGCACCUUCUGUUUGAGCAACCAGAGAAAAGGGAUAAAGGAUGCCAAAGACUGUUUAAAGAUGCGAGGGCUGGGUCCACUGAGAAUGAGACGCUGACUGAAGAGCAGUGGAUGAUUACAACCUGAAAUUCCUCAAAGACUUUCUCAGGGAAGAGUCAAAGCAGGCAAUCACACACACUUUGACAUGCUGGAUCAACUGAUGAAACCAAAGAAGAGAAUAUUUAUACUUGACUGAGAAAUGUAAGCAUAAGCCUUUCAAUGAUGCAGUGCAUUUGUUUGAAACUUGUGCCUUUUUUGUCCUUUUUUAGUCUUUCAGAAGUUUUAAAUAAAGUUUAUUUUAUCAAAUAAAAGAGAGCAUUUCUUUUUUUCCCAGAAUUUUUAUAA